GGUCAACGUUUGUGUAACCUGGUGACGAGAGGGAGACCUCCAUAAGAAUAUCUGUGAUAAAAGUGAAUAAGAAUGGAGAGAGUGGGCAGCCUUGACGGACACCACUAGAUGAGCAUAGCUCCCUGGACAUCUCACCCUAGGCUCCACCACGUCCACAAGUGUUCGAGUCGAGUCUUCAAUAGGGUGGUGUAGUUACUCGGCACGCCUUUCAGUGAUAGACAUAUUGCCAUAUGACCUCUCGAUCAACGGAGUCGACUACCGCCGCUUUUGGGUGGAGAAAUACAGCUGGUGUCGGGUGUCGGUAAGCGUGCCUAUGUUUCAGAACCUGGCGCAGUGUGAAUAUUUGGUAGAUACACUUGCGGCUGAGUCUAAAGUCUGGCUGCGUGGUUUUCUCAGGCUUGCUGUGGUGGAGUUCCACUCAGGCGUCGGAGAAUUAUAGAACCUAGAAUCUUAGACAACCUCGCCUGGUUAACUAGUUUACUAGUUACUAGCCGGUCCUAAGCCCGGGUAAAGAGGGAAGGUUGGGCAUAGGGCUAGCAACCCUACCCCGUAAAACAAAUCUAACCGCUAAAGAAACUUCAAAGCACAAACAAAAUAUAAAAAAUGAAAACAAACUUAUUCCCCGCUGGAAUCGGAGAGGCGAAAUGACGCCAGUUGGUGAAAGCCUUCGGGAAGCCAAUUGGCCGAUGUGUCUUCUCUCCCUAUAUGGAAGCGAAAGUAAACGUGGGGACAUGGAAUGUCCGCACGAUGUUUGAACCCAGUAAGGCAGCCCAGAUUGCAAAGGAGAUGAGAAGGUAUAACAUCGAAGUGCUUGGGAUUUGCGAAAGUAGAUGGAAUGGGAGUGGACUCUCCAAACUGUCAACUGGAGAAUCAAUAAUCUACUCCGGUCACCCAGACGCCAACCACGAGCACACUGAGGGAGUGGCUAUCAUGAUGUCCUCAAGAGCAUCGAAGGCUCUCAUGCAGUGGGAACCAAUCUCCUCCAGGAUCACGACAGCAAGAUUCAACUCAAAAGGAAGAAAGGUCACAAUCAUACAAUGUUAUGCACCUACAAAUAAUGCAGAGCAAGAGAAAAAGGAGGAUUUCUACAGACAACUUCAAUCAACACUGGACAAGACGUCAGUUGGCGAUAUCAAAAUUCUAAUGGGCGACAUGAAUGCCAAACUGGGAGGGGACAACACGGGAAGAGAACUAACCAUGGGUCGAGAGGCGCUAGGUGAAAUGAAUGAGAAUGGAGAAUUGUUUGCAGAAUUCUGCGCAUUCAACGAUUUGGUGAUUGGAGGCAGUGUGUUCAGGCACAAAGAUAUCCACAAAGCGAGCGACAUGGAUUUCACCAGAUGGACACACUAAAAAUCAAAUCGACUUUAUCUCAAUCUCAAGAAAAUGGAGACGCAGUCUACUUAACACAAGGUCAAGAAGAGGAGCAGAUGUAGGUUCAGACCACUAUCUAGUGCAAGGAACCUUCCAAAUCAAGUUAAAAGCCUUCAAGGAAGCUGGUGAUAGACCUCAAUUCAAGUACAACACUCGGAAACUGAAGGAUGAAACUACAAAGGAGAUCUUCAAGGCAGCCAUCAAGACAAAAUGGGAG